CCAAUUCCCAUACCACCGCCAGGCGCCAGGCACCAGUCACCGCCCUCUUGAAUAUAACCAAGCUUGCCCCAUACCCUAUCUCAACCGCCCACCGCUUGUUGAAGCUGAGCCUACCACGGGCCAUUUGACGACUUUGCUUCUGCACGCACCCUUUUGGAUAGCACACGGCACAUCGAACCAGCCGCUUCAACCAUGGCCCGUCUCAGUGGCCUUCCCUCUGAACACCAUCACGAGGGCCCCGGUGACGCACCACGACGCAAACGCGGCCGACCCAAGAACCAGGCGCCGUCCGAAAACAUGACGUCCACUGGCAAGCGGACUGCCUCGCCGACCGCAGAGCUGUCGCACACGAAGCGCACGAAGCGUGUGCAGGUCGACGACGAGGAGGACCAGAUCGCAGAAGAAAUUCAGCAGUCCUUCGCCCGCUCGCAGCAAGGCGACACGAUCCACGUACAAACGCAGAGCAGCAGCACCACGACCCGCCGCCCUACUCGUCGCCACUCCGAGCCUCCCGUCACCGCUGAUAAUGAUGAUGAUGAUGACGAGGAUGAACUCGCACCACCAGCGUCAACAGAGCCCCCAGCAGGCUUGACCCCUCAUCUCGACCGCAUUGGCGCCUCUCGUAGUCGCUUCACCAACACGCGCCGUGCUCGCAUGUCGAUGCCCGCCCAGUUGCACAUCGAGCGUGUCGACGAGGAAGACGAAGACGGUACCCAGAUCCAAUACGCACCACUCACUGCCGUUCUCGAUAACCGCACGCGUCGCCGUCUCCGACGAAGCCACCUGAGCCAGGAGGUCAACGACUUCGAAGACAACCAGAAGCAGGACAAGAAGAUGCUGCUGGAGCUGCGUCGCCAGCUUCGCGCACAGGACGAGAAGAUUCAAGAUUUAGAGUACCGCCUCGAGGCUCGCCGGCUUGGAGCCAUUGAUAUCACCGACGAGAAUGCCGAGGAGCUAGAGAACCAGCUCGCGCAAGCCCGUGAUGAGAUCGACGAGCUGCGUGCGUCUUCGCUAUACAAUGGGGAUGUUGGCGAUGCUGACGAUGCCGUCGACAUGUAUGAAGACGAAGAAGAUGACCUGCUGCUGGUGAACCCGGAGGAGCUUCACAUGUCGCAAGACUUGGAACUCGAGCACACGCCCAACGGCAAGUAUGCCGCCCGUGUGCUAGAGUUGUCCAGCCAAGUCACCUUUAAAUCCCUGCCGGGCAUCGCGCAACUCAGCCACGACACCUUAGUAGAUGACGAAGAAAAAGUUGUGCCGGACAAGAUCCACGACCAGGCCGUUGAGCGCUAUGAGCGAGAAUUGCAGAACUACGUCAACAUGCUUGCCAAAUCGCAAGGUGCUCUCCGUGUCAUGACACUCGAGCUACAGAACCUCCACGUCAUCGAUGCUGGCGCUCCAACUGAUGAGAUUCUGCUCCAGUUGCGACACGGCUUUGAGACUCUUCGCGCCGAUAUUGAGAAGUUUUUCCCAGACACCACCAUUGGCCUCACGAACCAGGAGCUUCUUCGCAAGGUCCCUGAUCUAUUCAGUGGCAUCUUCUUUGAGCUGCGCGGGAAGCUCACUCAGCUUAACACCUCCCAGAAGACUGAGGUGCGGUUACGGCGUCAGUACGAGGGUGUCCUGGACCUUCUCGGUGAGUCUGACGAACGGGUGCAACGGCUACAAAAGGAGGUCUACAGCUUGGACAAGAGCAACGAGGAUAAGCAGCGGACGAUUCUUGACCUCGAGGAGCACGUCGCUACGUUGACGACAUUGACCAGGGACCAGGAGGCUGAGCUCACAAACAACGACGUCCAGAUUCAUGGUCUCCAGGACGAGAACGAAGACAAGGAGACCGCUCUGGAGCGUCUUGGUACUGCUCUCGACAAGUUACGCGAGGAGCUCGACACGGCCAACGCGACUAUCGCUGACUUGGAGCAAAACCAUCUUGACACGAUUACUCGUAUGGAGCAAGAGCAUGCCGAAGCUGUCCAGGAUCUCCAACGUGAACUUGGUGUGGAGACGAAGGGCCGCGAUGACGCCGAGGCUGAUGCUCUGCAAAAGGGACAAUAUAUCGAAGAGCUAGAAGGCCGUAUCACCCGCAUGGAGUCUGACGUUGAUGACAUCACUACCGAGAUGACAACACUUCGCGAGCGGCUUACAACACAGACAGAGGCUCGUGAAGAUGCCGAAGGUCAGCGCGACCAGCAGGUUGAGAUUGUGUACCAGCAUGCCAACACAAUCGAGAACCUGAACGAGACUGUCAUUGCGCUCAAGGAGCAAAUCGCCGAGUUCCGAGAGAAUCUUACAGCUGAACGCUCUCAGCGCGAGAAGACUGAGGCGGAUCUCGAUGAGGCCAACGAGAAGAUCGAAGAUCUCAACGUGCGUCUUCAUGAUACAGGUCUCCAGGCGAACGAGCUUCGGUCCAAGCUAUUCCAAGUUCAACAGGAGAAAGAGAAUACGAUUGCUGAGCUUCAAGAUGACGCCCAAGAGCGCGAGGAUGACUUGAACGAACAACUCACAGCCGAGACGGUGGUCCGCGAGACCGCUGAGGCAACCAUCGCCACGUUGAGUCAGCAGAUCGCAAACCUCCAGGAGAGCCUUGCUGCAGUUGAGAACAACCUCGUCGUCAUGACGGUGGCUCGAGAGGAACUCGAGCAAGAUCGUGAUACCCAAGUUGCAGCUCUUGCCGCUCAACUCGCAGACCUGAAAGUCAAGUAUACUGCGCUGGAGAACUCCACCAACUCCACGAUCACCUCCCUCCAGGCCAACAUCACCGAUCUAAACAACCAAGUUCAGCGUCAACAAGCCGAGAUUAAGCGUCUUGUCGAGGAAGUUGCUGAGAAGGAUCGCGUCUACCUGGAGGAUACGACAUCACUCAAGGAGAAGAUCGAAGGCCUCGAGGUCAAUCUCGAAGCCCAGGAGGCCGAGAAUGAGGGCUAUCGGAGGGAGAAUACUUCGCUCUCCAAGCGCGUUGAGGCUGAAGCGAACGAGCUCCUUAAUAUUGUGGGUUCGCAUACAGAGCAGAUCACUUCGCUCCAGUCUGUUAUCUCAACGCAAGAGGCCACGAUUAAGAACCUGCAAUCUGCAUCUGCUCAGCGCACUGCCGAGUUCGAGGAGACUAUUGACGAACGCGCCCGCGAAAUCACAGAGCUCCAGCUCAUGGGCGAUGCCCGCGCCGAAACCAUUGCCCUUCUUGAGGCCCAGAUUGCCACUCUCAAAGACCGCUUCGAAGCUACAGAGCAAGAUACGCGCGUCACCAUCGACGCGCUCUUGCUCUCACAGCGCCAACUUCAAGACCAGAACGAGAAGCUCGCCAACGCCCUCAAAGCACGCAAUGCCGAGGCUCUGAAGAUCGUGCAAGAGAUGAAGCUCAAGCGCGUGGAGGUCAAGACGCAGGGUGUCGAUCUUCAUCGUGUUGCUACGGGAAAAGUCGCAAAGACGAGCGAGAAGGUCAAGAUUGGAAAGAAGGGAAAGAAGAAGGUUGCGAAGCGCCAGUGGGAUUCUGGCUUUGGCGUUGACGAGAACAUCGAGGAUGGCGACGAGGUGAAUGGCGAGGAUCCAAUUGCCGCGUAGAAAGCUUCGCGGUUGGAGAGGGUAUUCUUGAUGGAUGCGAAAUUUUGCUUCCUGGUUUUUACAUACACAUUCACGCUGUUUUGGGACAGCUUUACAUUUGGACAUGGGGGGACUGUCGGGCAUCCUUUUUUUGGCAACAGAUUGAGCCCUUGGGAACUGACACGAUAUUGCACGACUGG